UUUUCAAAGUCCCACCCAAACAAUAUUUCCUUUCCUCCCCUUUUCUCCAAAACGUAUUUUCCAAAUAAUCUGCUUAUCAGAACUUCUUCCAUUUCCAUUUCCAUUUCCAUCUUCAACUACAACACAAACAAUGACACUCAUACGCUUCAUCAUCUUCACAGCUACACUCAUCACCGCCACAAUCUUCAAACUCUUAUUUUCCGCAAUCAACGGUAGACGAAACAGGAAAACCGCAGUGGGAUUCUUUCAUCCAUACACCAACGACGGCGGCGGUGGAGAAAGAGUGCUAUGGUGCGCUGUUAAAGCUAUUCAAGAAGAGAAUCCUGAUCUUCACUGCGUUGUUUAUACUGGAGAUCAUGAUGCUACUCCUCAAUCGUUGUUGAAUCGUGCUCUUGAUCGCUUUGGUGUUACCCUUAAUGCCCCUCCUAAGGUGGUUCAUUUGUACAAGAGGAAGUGGAUUGAAGAAACAACGUAUCCACACUUUACUAUGAUUGGUCAAAGUCUAGGCUCUAUGUAUCUUGGAUGGGAAGCUUUGUGCAAGUUUACCCCUUUAUAUUAUUUUGAUACAAGUGGAUAUGCUUUUACAUAUCCACUUGCUAGGUUGUUUGGAUGCAAAGUUAUUUGCUACACACAUUACCCUACUAUCAGUUCAGACAUGCUAUCUCGUGUCCGUCAACGCAGCUUGAUGUAUAAUAAUGAUGCCGUAGUUGCUAAAAGUGUUUGGCUUUCUCGGUGCAAAAUAGUCUAUUACACAUUCUUCAGCUGGUUGUAUGGGAUUGUUGGAUCUUGUGCACACCUAGCUAUGGUCAAUUCAUCUUGGACCAAAGCCCAUAUUGAAAAGCUUUGGGGAGUUCCAGAUCGGAUUAAGCGAGUGUACCCUCCUUGUGAUACUUCGGGACUUCAGGUGCUUCCUUUGGAAAGAUCGGCUGAGAUUCCUGUAAUUAUAUCUGUUGCACAAUUUCGACCAGAGAAGGCUCACACUCUCCAACUUGAGGCUUUUUCAGUUGCCAUUAAGAGAUUAGAUUCUGGUUUGCCAAAACCCAAGCUACAGUUUGUGGGUAGCUGCAGAAAUAAAUCAGAUGACGAAAGGCUUCAAAUGUUAAAAACGAAAGCAAUUGAACUGAAUGUAAAUGAACUAGUGGAAUUCCACAAGAAUGUAACAUACAGAGAUUUGGUGGGACUUUUAGCGGGUGCUAUUGCUGGUAUCCACUCCAUGACUGAUGAGCAUUUUGGCAUUAGUGUUGUAGAAUAUAUGGCUGCUGGUGCCAUCCCAAUUGCUCAUAAUUCAGCCGGCCCAAAAAUGGACAUUGUAUUGGAUGAGGAUGAACAGCAAACAGGAUUUCUUGCCUGCACUGUUGAAGAAUAUGCAGACGCCAUUUAUAGAGUCAUUAAGAUGUCAGAAACAGAGAGACUUAAGAUGGCUGCUGCUGCAAGGAGACGAGCAAGCAGGUUUUCUGAGCAGAAGUUUUGUGAUGACUUCAAAGCCGCAGUACGCCCUAUUCUAAAUCGCGUUUCUAAAUGAUGAUCUAGCAACUAAUCAGCAUCAUUGUAGCUUAAAAUGGAUAGUUUCUUCUCUUCCAGACUAACCAUCUGAGAAUGUAUAAGCCACAAAUUUUGUUAUAGAAAAACAUUUAAUUUUUUGUUUUGGUUGAUGUUAUUUUCAAGCCCUUAUACCAAAUGGUAAAUUAUUCCAUAUGUACAGAGGAUUAUUGGAAGUUGGAUUGUAAUAUAGAGGAAAAUAUAUAGUCAACUAACCUGAAUUAUGUUUUCAUAGAAACAUUUCUUGUCACUGUUAAAAUGGGUGUCUGCUCUGCGGAUAGCAAA